CAGCAGGGAUGGCAACUGGCGGCUGGCUGGCGCGGCGACGCCGAGCAGUGGCAGUACAUGUUUCUUGCAGACUGGGAGGUCCACGUCUCGCUCUGGCUUCCGCGCGAGGUAAAGUUCCUGACGCGCUGCUAAGUUUACUGAAAGUUCACAAUUACUUGUUUGACGCUGUAGAAGGUGGAAGAGUGACAGGAAACGACCAGUGCAGCUCGUGACAAGUGCUGCCUAACCACUCCCCACACGGCCCUGACCAUGCACCGAUUGUAUGCCCAGCUGGACACCAUACGAUGACGACCAGAGAACACCUCAAUCAGCGUAUACGAAGAAGCACCUCUGCUGCAUCACCGAGCCGCCUGCUGAGGUGGUGGUGGUGGCUGGUGUUUUUGUUGGUGUGGAGCUGCUGUGUGCCAGGAUGUGCUACACAGAGGAAGUCCAACUACUCGCCAUACAUAUCAUGGAAGAGUAACAAACCUUACAAAGGGCAAGUGAACUGUUCGGAUGACUCGUCAUUACGUGUGGAGAAGAGAUCUUGGUGUGUCUCAGAGAUUUACUGCAGAGCAUAUGGCUUCUCCUAUAAUGUGUAUUGGAUGAAAAGGCAGUGUGUUUCCAAAUGCCCUCCUAACCACACAGAAAAUAAUGGCUAUUGCAGUCUCACAGAGGUGUGUAGGACAGUAAGAAUCAGCAAUUUGACUAACAUGGAAGUUAGAGACAACCUAAUGAAUUGUAGGAUUAUAGAGGGAAGCAUCGAGAUUGUACUAAUAAAAGAUGUGUCAGAGGAUGAUUGGAAGCCGUGGAGAUUCCCUCACUUGCUGGAAAUCACUGACUUUCUCCUGGUAUAUCAAGUGGAGAGUCUGAAGAGUCUUGGCCAGCUGUUCCCUAACUUGACUGUAAUUCGGGGCAUGAAGCUGCUGUACCACUAUUCUCUUGUCAUCUACAACACCCAGCUGGAGAACAUUGGACUGUACAAUCUUCGCUCCAUCCUGCGUGGCAGUGUCAGGAUACAGAACAACAUAAACUUGUGUUAUGUCCACACUGUCAACUGGGAUGCCCUCAUGAACGCCUCCAACGACAAUGUGCUGACGAAUAAUAUUGAGCCGCUGUGCAAAAACUGCUGUCCCUCCUGUUCUGCCGUACAGUCCCAGGAGCAGCACUGCCAGUACUGCUGGAGCAGCAUCAAGAGUCAACAGAUCUGCAGACAGUGUGACCACGGCUGCACCGCAAGUGGCAAGUGUUGCCACCCACAGUGUGCUGGAGGCUGCCUGGCACCAGUAAAUAACCGCGCCUGCAUCGCUUGCCGUAACUUUAACACAGGAGACAGAUGUGUUGAGACGUGUGGUGACCUUCUUGAGUUCAAAGGUUACCGGUGUGUUACCAAAGAGUACUGCCAGAGGAAAGGUUUCUUUCUGUUCAAUGGAACGCAGUGUGUAACUGAAUGUCCAGGAGAGCACAACUCUACAGGGAAUGGAACAGAAGGAAUGAUGAUCUGCAGUGAAUGUUGCGGAAGGUCCUGUCAUGGGUUAUUGGUGAACACUGUGGCUCGGGCCCAGGAGCUGAGGGGCUGCACAUCUAUCACUGGCUCUCUUAUCAUUAGUAUCAGAUAUGGCAAGACAGUCACCAAGGAGCUGGAGUCGAGCCUUGGUGCAAUACAGCGGGUCACUCACUACAUUCGUAUCUUCAAAACCAGUCCCCUCAAGUCGCUCAGUUUCCUGCAGAGUCUGAAGGUGAUAGAAGGAAGGCAGCUGUACAAUGACAAGUAUGCUCUGUUUGUACAUGACAAUGCAAAUCUAGAAGACAUUUGGGACUUCAGUAAGAAUCAAGAACUGAACAUCACCAAGGGCAAGAUUUUCUUCCAUGGAAAUCCAAAGCUGUGUUACAACAACAAGAUUGAGACGCUGCUCAACCUGACUGGGCAAGAGGAAGACUACAGCAUGCGCUUCACCAAUGGAGACAAAGUAGCAUGCUCCAUCAUGAAGGCUGCCAUUACACUGCAGCCCUUGAGAAACAGAGGCCAGGUGCGGGUCCGCUGGAUUCCUGUGUCAACAGAUGAGGACGACCGCAAGAUCACCGGCUACUACAUCUACUACAAAGAAACAAAAGAGAAAAACAUUGGACACAUGGAUGGCCGAGAUGCCUGCAAUGAUGGAUGGAAAAGGGAACAUGUGGAAGCAGAACAUUCCACUGACAAAAUGGAGGAAACUCUAACUGGACUGAAGCCAGACCAUCGCUAUGCAGUGUACGUGGAGACUGACACGGUGGCUGAUGCUGACAUAGGGGCGCGCUCCAACAUCUCCUACAUCACCACCAUGCCAUAUAACCCAGGUUCCCCGCUGCACCUGAGAGUUGUUAACAAGGGAACCACACACAUGGAUGUGGCGUGGUCACCGCCAAGCACUCCACUUGAAAAGCUUUUUUAUUACAAAGUCAAGAUAACCCUCCAGAAGCCUGAUGAAGACACAUGCCAAGAUUUCUGUAAGAAAGAGAACCAUUCUUCAGGAAACAAUGAGGAAUCUGUAAAGGUGCUGUCAGAGAGUAUGAUCAAUAGGACAGAUCCUUCCUCUGCCACCACUGUACCACCACCCAAGUGCUGCCCGUGCCCAGCAGAGCCUGCGACUUUUGAACGGGAUGACAUUGACUUUAGAGGCAUACUUCAUAGUCACGUUUAUGUACAUCGUACACGUAUCAGCCGAGAAAAAAGAUCCAUUGUGUCAGCUGGUGAUAGAUCAGCAUCUCAUAAUUCAUUCAAUGACCCUUCAUGGUCAAGCCCUGCAGUGUACACAGAAUACCCGCAAAGGAAGCUAGCAGCUCAGAAUGUUACUUCAGUGAGUGAGACAGAUACCUUCAGCUACACUAAGGCAACCUACAUCCGGUUCACCAAUCUUUCUCACUACUCCCAAUACAAGAUUGAGGUCUCUGCCUGUCACAUGGAAGAGAAAACUUGUCCCAAAGAUAUGAAAAUACCAUGUCAGCUAUGCUCAAUAGAUCCAACCAUGAUUGAAGAUACCACUGCUAAGAAAGAUAAUGCCAACAAAGUGGUGGGUUUGAAGGUUGAAAACAUCACAUUUUCAUCUGCCAACGUGUCCUGGGUGCCUCCCAUAUCCCCUAAUGGCCCAGUGCUGAAGUACGUGGUAUUCAUCUCAAACGUGACUGAAGAUUUCAAACACUCCAUGUAUGUAUUGCAGCAUUGUGUUUCACCUUGUGGCUCCAAUAGAAGCUUAGACGAGUACUAUCCACUGGAAGACUUACGCCCAGGCACUAUGUACAGAGUGAAAGUUGAAGCACAUUCAAGAGCCCCCUUGGACAUGAAUGACACAAUAGCCACAGCUGACUUCACCACAAAGGCUGAAGACAGUGAAGACCAUGGCCAGAUGCUGCUGGUGGUGGCAGUGUUUCUGCUGCUGGCAGUGAUGUCUGGCAUCUUUGUGUUCAGGAGGGUUCAGCUGCCCAAGCCGUCUGUCGAUGAGGAUGUGGAUCCAGUUCCAGAUUGCAAUGUGUUGCCCAAACAGUAUAUAGUGGACCCAUCAACACUGUUGCUGAAAAGGGGGGACCCAUUGGGCUGGGGAAACUUUGGACUGGUUCUGAAAGGAGAACUGCAGAGGGGCUCAGAGUGGGUCCCUGUGGCAGUGAAGCUGGCCAUCAAGUUGACCUCACAGGAAGACAUGGUGUCAGAGGCCAGGCUGAUGCUAGAGCUGAAAUCAUUCCACAUUGUGCGCGCCUAUGGGGUGAUGAUCGAGUCCAACCAUACCUAUCUGGUGAUGGAAUAUAUGAGCAAUAGUGAUUUGCUCAAGUACCUCAGGCAGCAGAAGACUGUGCUGGAAACUGAAGUGAGUCAAGUGUGUGACAUGGCACUGCAGAUUGCUGAUGGCAUGGCAUAUUUGGCCAGUAAGAACUACAUGCACAGGGAUCUUGCUGCCCGCAAUUGCCUCUUGGACGAAAACAUGAAAAUUAAAAUAUCAGACUUUGGUAUGGCACAGAUAACAGAUGAGAACUAUUACCAUGUUUUACGCUCUCAGUUCUUCCCAGUGCGGUGGGUUGCUCCUGAGUGUUUCAACAAGCAGAGGUUCACCAUGCAGAGUGAUGUCUGGAGCUAUGGAAUUGUCCUCUGGGAAAUCCUUACUAAUGGCAGAAUACCCUAUGAAGAAUUGAAAAGCAAUGAGGAGGUGAUGAAGAAAGUGAGCAAUGGCCACACUCUAAAGGAGAGUGUGUGGCACCUCACCAACUACUGGCUUGCAAACUUGAUAUGCAGGUGUUGGGAAUCUGAGGGCCAUGACCGACCCUCCUUUCUAGAAAUAAUCAGCAUCCUGCAAAAACAUGCUUCACCACAAUUCAUGCAGUUGUUCAGAUCUAAGUCAUUUUACUACGAAUCAAGGGGCCAGAAGUGAGGAGCAGACCUCAUCUUGAACAUGAGGGAAGAGAGUGAAGGCUGUCCAAGCAUCACCUGUCUGCACUUCACCUGCCAGCCCUUGGCCAGAACCUGCUGCUCCAAUCCCCCUUCCCCUAGUUGUUGAAGCAAACACCAGGAGGAUCUGCUAGUACUCUCUUGAAAAGAAGAGUACUUGAAAUACUAAAGCAAAAUGUUUGUGGAAUCUGUGAUGAAAAAAGAAAUGUUCCUUUUUGGCUUUUCCAAUUGUAAUCUUAUAUCGUCUGCAUCAAACAGUUCACCACACGCUUUAUAUUCUAUAAAACAUUUACAACCACUACUUCUCAAAGGAAUUUCAGAAUGUGGUGGCAUGAAAAUGAAUGUCAUACUCAUUAUGGAAGCCAUAUGCCAAACAUCUUAGGCAAACUUGUCCUUACAUAUGUGUAAGUCUGUAUGUAAGCAAGCAUGUAGCCAUGACAUUCUCAUCUAGUGUUCAUCUCAGCUUCAAGACUGUUUGUAUGAUUGUUUUUGUAAUCAUUAUAUUAAAAUAAGAAGUUAGUAAAAGAAAUAUUUUCAGUUUGCUAUGAAGUAUGAACUUUCGAAGCUUAUUACAGGAAAGCUUUGCUAAUUCAAACAAACAGCUGGAAAAAGUGUGAAGCAGCAAUCUCUAAACAAUUUGAAUGAAGUCCAGAAUCAAUGAAAAUUUGUAUUCAUUCCAGCAUUCUAAAAAAAAAAGACUCAGAGUUAGCAAGGUUUGCUGUGUGAAUUCCAUGGUACAAAUACACACUGUCUUACAGUAUAAGCUUAUGUUAAGUUCUGAGUGAAGUCCAGCAAGCUGUACCUGUUAGCUGCCCAUCUAUCUGCGAACAGUGAAGCCAAGACAUGUACAUUUAUGGCUAUUUUGCAAAUAGAAACAUCAUGGUGAGUUCAAGGCUCCCAGCUGUUGAAUUAAUAGAAUAAAUGAUGAUUAACUGGAAUGUUUAUUGCUUUCAUUGUGAAAUAUUUUUCUAUACAUUUCCAUGGCACAAGUCAGUCAAUCCUUCAUAUAUUUUUAUCCUUUUCAGCUACAUGGCUGUCAUCACAUUGAUGACAUUGUGCAAACCGUACCAGAACUGGUACAUGGAAUAGGGAUGAGCUAACCGGGAAUUUUGUUACUGUUCAUCCCUCUGUUUUGGUGGAAUGUGAGUGUGAGUGUGAGUGUGAAAACUGUGAGAGUAUGAAAGUGCCUCUUAACUCAGCAUUAAUACUCUUACCUUGACAUGCCAUCUAUCCCCUCAUUAAUGUCUCCAUUACAUCACAAUUAACAUCAUAUAAAUGACAUGAAUUGCAAAGUACUAGCCUGAGUGUAUUGACGAGUGUCUGUGAGAGGAUGUGGAGUGCUGCCUCCACCCACACCCUCCCUGUCUGCUUCAUGUUUGCCUCCCAUUUCUCUCAAGUCUGAGGUGUAUCUGUGUCAUCAUCACUCCUGCGCUCAUGGAAGCCUUUGACAUUACAUCACACAAUGAACACUGCAACAUAACUUAAUUGUAACUGAAGAGUCUUGUCAGCUGGCAUGAGCUCAACAUUUAUACUGAGUCUACAGAGUGUGAUGCAGUGCUGGGGUCUCAUGCAGUGCUGGAAUCUCAUGCAUUGAUGAAAAUAAGGUGGUGCUGCACCAUGACCACUCCCUGGAAUUUAACAGUUAUUUACAGCUUCCUUUAACUGAACGUUUUCUCCUGUUUAGUAAAUUGUGUGCAGAGCAUAGUUUUGUAUAACAUGGACUUUACUAUUAUCAUAAACACUACUGAUGAUCAAGUCUAUGCCAUUCACCUAUUGUGGCUAUUCUCUGUUAAGUAUGUGUUCCAUCCACUUAACACUGUAUUAUAUUACUAUGACUGUGGCAAAUAUUGAUACUGAUAAUAAGUUUUCCAGUUAUCAAUCGCUACAAAUAAUAAUAAUUUUUCCAAUAUUCACAGCAUUAAGAUAACUAAAUCAAUGUGCAGUUUUAAAUGGCAGCUUGGAUCAUCAUCAUUGUCAUCAUCCCAAGCAUGUCAUAUGAAGCCAACAAUAAAGACAGUUAAAAACUUU